AUGCCUGAAGUCAUCAGCCUCUUAUCAUCGCCGUUUUCGGAGACACAUCCAGUCCGUCCGUCGCCCGUAACAUCCGAGCCACUGACUCGCACAGCUGGCAUCCCGUCUGAUGAUUCAAUUUUCGACUGGGGAGACACAAACCCUUCCAAGAAGCGAAAAUUGAGUUCCCAGCGCGGCCUGAGCCCUCCCAGACAACCUACCCUUCCCCCGGAAAAACGCCCACUACUCCUAUUUUCUGACUUGGAAGAGAGUAUUAUAUCUUCUCCAGGAACCCAAUUAGACAAUGACUGUAAUUCAACGAAAAGCCGUAAAUGGAAUGGCGACAUAUCAGACCCUAUUGAAUUUACAUCAUCAGCCGCGGAUGGGACAUCCACGCACGAUGGGGGCAAUCAUGCAAAAAGAACUCCUGCUAUCAUAACAUUAGACGAUAGUAUAAUAGAAACGGACGACCUACCUUCUCCUGGAUGUCCGCUGAAUAUCCCGUCACCAACUAUUUUGAAAACCGGUUUGUCCGAUAAAACAACGAAUCUACUCUUGCGGAUUCAAAAUCGUUCGUCGGCUGAACCCAUCCAAUCCAAACAGAGAGUUAGCACCCAUGUGUCCAAAUCAAUACCCUCAAACUCUAGAAUGCGAAUGCCAGACCCAAACCCAACGACAGGUAUAGAUUCGAGCUCCCCUCCGCCAGUGCUUCCAACGUCCAAAUCAGAAAGGGCACCCAAGAUGUCCACUACUUGUAGGGAAAUGCGGGAAGCAGAAAGACGAGCUGCAAUGGAACGCCGCGAAAAAGAGAGGGAAGAAGUGAAAGCACGGAAGCAAAAAUUAAAGGAGCAAAAAGCAAAAGAGAAGCAACUAGCUGCUGACCUCGCAGAAGCCAACAAGCGGAAAUUCGAUAAGAAAAUUUCCACGCCGGAAAUGAUUAUAGACAUGUCGACUAGCUUUGAAGAAUCCAGCGUUGGCAACCAAGUUACGGAGUACAUGCGACAUCUCGGAGUGGAAAAGCAUUUCGUUUCUACUCGCAUACCAAAUAUCGUUACAUGGAGGAGGAAAGUCACUGCUCACCUCGAUUCCCAUGUCCUCAAAAUAAAACGUACUUAUUCCGGCUGCAAACCAAUUUAUCUCAUCGAAGGCCUAGGCAUGUGGAUGAAGAAGAAUAACAAUUCAAGGAACAGAGCAUACCAGGCAUCUGUUCUUCGAGAAUUAGAAUGUAUCCCGCAACUUCAACAACCGCAACAGCCACCCAAACGCCAAAGAAAGCCCAAACAAGCAGCGCUCCAACCUGCGCUAGUCGAUGACGACACCAUCGAAGAUGCUCUGUUACAGCUCCAAGUGCAGCAUGGUUGCCUCAUCCAGCACACCGCAGCACCGAGUGAGUCCGCAGAGUGGAUUAAGAAUUUCACUGAACAUAUUUCCACGAUACCCUACGGUCAGGAGCUCAUAAAUCUGCACGACGCUUCAUUCUGCAUGGACGCCGGUCAGGUGAAGUCAGGCGAAGAUAACGCUGACACAUAUGUCAAAAUGCUACAAGAGAUUCAGCGUGUAACCGCUCCGAUAUCAUAUGGAAUAGCAUCGCAAUAUCCCACUGUGGGAGAUCUUGCGACAAAAUUGAAGGAGCAAGGGCCCUUACUUCUGGAGGAUGUAAAGAAAUGUGCAAAUAGAAGUGGUGCCCUGACAGAUGCCCGCGUUGGCCCCGCUAUGAGCAAGCGUUUAUAUAAAGUUUUCACGGGCUUGAAUCCAUCAUCAACCGAUAUCUGA